CACGCGAAAUCGCGGGAAUUGAAAAUAUAAUUGAAACUGAGCUAAGAGAAACUCUAAAAACAGCGGAAACUACAAAGAAAACUCAGUAAAAAAAGUGUUUCUCAAAGAAGUAUUAGUAUGCCUCCAAAGAAGCGAAACCCGGAUAGCGAUGUCAAUCCCGCAGUCAAACGUAAGAAGAAGAAGAACAACGAUUCAGACGAUGAUUUUGACGACGAUGCAAGAGAGGAUGCAGAGAACAAUGGUUCUACAGAAGUGGUUGGAGAAUAUCCAGACGUUACACUGGAGGGAUCCAUGCUGAGUGGAGAACUCCUGAUCUGUGGUGGGACAAACUGGGAUCUGAUAGGACGAAAACAGCUUCCAAAGAAUGCGAAAAAUGGUGGUGGACCAAACCUUUGGGGCCCACAUAGGAUGGAUAACAUGAUCGGGACCAGAGUGAGGACAGUUGUGUCUGGGUCCGCAGCAUGUCACAGUAUUGUUAUAACUACAGAUGGCAAAGCCCUGACUUUUGGAAGGAAUGACAUGGGACAAUUAGGACAAGGUGACUGCCUCCGCAAGGAUGUACCUACUCCCAUACCCUGUCUAGAUGGUGUCAACAUUGUAGACGCAGCUUGCGGCAAGAACCACACUUUAUUUCUCACAGAUAAAGGCGUGGUGUAUGCCUGCGGAGACAAUAAGAUGGGACAGCUUGGUUUAGGUCACCAGAGUGGAAAUAUAACCAAUCCAACACGGAUAGCCUACAAAGGACCCCCAAUCAGAAAAAUGGCUUGUGGAGCAGAGUUUAGCAUGAUGUGUGACAUCAGAGGAAAUCUGUAUUCUUUCGGCUGCCCAGAGUUUGGUCAGCUAGGACACAAUACUGACGGGAAAUACUUUGUCACAAGCACAAAAUUGUCAUUUAAAUGUGAAACUAGCCCCAGAAAAGUUAAUGUGUUUAUUGAGAAGACACGAGAAGGUCACAUAGUACCGGUCACAGAUGUAGAAGUACGGGAUAUAAGCUGUGGCACAAGUCACACAGUUAUAUGUGAUUCCAAGAAAAGGGUAUUUUCAUGGGGAUUUGGAGGAUAUGGUCGUCUCGGCCAUGCUGAACCAAAGGAUGAAAUGGUGCCACGUUUGCUGAAGUUUUUCGAUGGACCAAACAGAGGUUGUGUUCAGGUGUAUUCAGGGUCUACCUUCAGCUUCGGUCUGAACGAGCUAGGUGUCCUGUACCUAUGGGGCCAGACCAAGCCAACAGGUGAAGCUGCCAUGUAUCCUAAACUGGUACAGGACCUCAGUGGCUGGAGGAUUAGGAGUAUUGGAUGUUGUAACAAAAGCAUAGUGGUAGCGGCUGAUGACAGUGUGGUGUCAUGGGGACCAAGUCCUACCUACGGUGAAUUGGGUUAUGGAGACAACAAACCACGAUCCUCAACUACGCCACAAGAAGUGAAAACCCUAGAUAGUGUGUAUAUCCACUCCGUGUCGUGUGGGUACGGUCACACGCUCAUGAUAGCUCGACAGGACGAGGAAAGUGAAAAAGAAAAAAUUGCCAAACUACCCGUCUUUAAACCUUGAUUUUGUAACUCUGUUCUGUCCAACAAGCUAUAUGUAUUUGUUAGUGUCUUAGAGGGAUACUAUUUAGACUUACCAGUUCAUCCCGAUUACACCAAUAUCAGAUGGAAGGGGGAGGGGGGGAUGAUUAAGGUUUCCACUGUGUUGUUUACAUAUUAAAUCUACAAAUAAUAUGUAUAACUAUAUCUAAAAGUGCUGAAAUUAUGUUCACAUUUCUGGCAAACUUUUUAUAUUAUAAAUUUUUAAAACAAGUCUGACCAGGCUGUAAUUUACCACAAAAAUUACUGAAAUAUGUAUGGAUUAAGAAAACAAAUAUCCACAGUUCAUAUAUAUUGUUUACAAUGGUUACUAUGAUAAGUAGCAGUUGUCAUGGUAACAAGGAACUUCUGUUCUGAUUGUAAAAUUCUGGAAGAAAUGCAUGUCAAAUGUUUUCAGGGCUGUUACAGUCAGAUAUUAAGAUAUUCACCAAUGCAGUUAAAUUCAGGUGAAAAAAUUCAGUGUGAAAAGGCAGUGUUGUUGAUAACAGUUCAGGUAAAAUUAUUUUAGAUUUGAUAAUAUUCAUUCAUGUCACAGUAUAAGAAACUCUUGCAUAUCAAGGAUGAAACUAAACAUGACUGAUAUUGCAAAGUAUUUUGUAUUGGUUCACUGAUGUGAUAAUCAAGUUCAAGAACUAAAUAUGUCAGGGUUGUUUUUGCUAAACAUCUACCGUGGUAUCCAAUUAUAGGACUCCAGAUUUGAACCUUCAUCAACAUGUACCAUCUGAAAGGUUUGAUUGCAUGGUAAUAUGCAGGAAACUCAUUCAUGAAUAGUAGAAUUGUUUUAUUUUGGAGCCCUAGGGUAAGGUUGUGUGUUUUUUUUUUCUGGAACUGCCCUGUGUAGCAUUUCAGGGGCAGUAACAUUCAAGAUGUCACUUACAGGUGAGGUACCAGUAUCAUUAAACCAAAUCAUCACCAUUAACAUUUGUUUACUAUCACAUCUCAAAAGUAAAGAACCCAUUGUAAAUCUUCAAUUUGCUUGACGAUUCGUAAGUCCCUCCUCACAAAUAAACUAUUCACUAAGAUCAGUCUUCACAUUAAAAACAUCCAUGUUCACCUCAACCUCACAAGUCAUCUUGAACUUUGGCAAUAUGGUAAAGAUGUUUCAUGAAAUUUCUUUUUCAUUUGAUUUAAAUUCAUUAUUUAUGAUGUUCAUAUUUUUGUAUGUUUCAUCCUGAUAUUUCUUUGUUACAUCAUUAAAUAAUGAGAAUGUUAUAUGUAUAUUUAGGGUGUGUUCUUAGUGCUUGUCGUUGAUACCACUUGGGUCGGGUAAAAAUAAAUUCUAUGUCACUACGAACUUGCAGAAUUCCUUUUACCUAUAUUGAAUUGAAUUAAAUACCUCUGAAAGAUAGUGUAAUAUUCAUACAUUGUCUAGGGCCUUUCAAUUAAUUCGUCAUCUGUGUGUACAUGGUUUUCAAUAAAUAGGCUAUCUUCAGAUUUGAUGACAAACGGAUUAUGCAUUCCUUUCUUCUUUAUACAAUGGAAGUGAAAUAUGAUAUUUCCUUCAAUAAGAACUUCUGUAAUUUUGUGAUUUUUAAGUAUGUUGCAGGGCAAAGGAAUAUUUGGUGACCUGGUAAAAUAUAUACAUAUAUAUAAAUGUGUGUUUAAUUUUUCACAAUAGACAUUAAAAGGAAUUUAGUUCCGGGAGAAAAGAUGAGUGGGUGGGGCACUUUUUUUGAGUAGAUCAGUAAUUGAAUCAGUAGAGAUGUACAUCUUGAGAUGUCGAUGUGUAAUGUUAUGGGCAUUUCAUUUGUAAACAAUACAAACUUAUGUGUAUAUAUUUGAAGCAAAGAUCUGACCUUAUGUGUGAAAUACAUUUUGUUUUUGGACUUGUAGUCAUUCUAGUAAUUGCUGUUAAUUCUGGCAAUCCUUAGAGAAUCUUGUACAAUCAAAGAUAAUGCUGAGUCAGCAUUCUUACCUUGUAUACUAGCUAAUGGAGUGUACCUCUGUAUGUAAUGUCCAUAGAUUUAUCCAUCUUUCUCUUGGUAUCAUUAAAUUGUUUACAGCCAUAUAGCGUGCAUAAUCAUUCAUUUUCAUGUCAAUUCGACAAGACUUACGUCGCUGACAUUUAUAAAAAGAUUUUGCUGUUUUUACUACUGUUAAUCAUUGCAUUUCACGUGGGAUUUAUUUCUGUGAAAUCUACGUGAUUUACAGUAUCUUAUGCUGUAAGCUAGAGAGAGGUGAUGUAUAAGCAGGGAAAUGAAAUUUUCACAGUUGAAGUAUAAUCAAGCAUAGGGAUUCCCCUUGAUAAAUAGAAAAUGUAUUUUGUGUAAUAAUUCAUAACCAAGUCUUUGAUGACAUGCAGGUCAAGGAUUUAAGUGCUUGAUUAAGUCAAAAGUAAGAAUUGAAUGGUAUAUGAUAAGCUAUGCAUAAUAUACCUGUUUUAGAAAAUGUGCCCACAAUAUCAGGUUUUAUGUUAAGUGUGUUGGCUACUUUUAUUCUGGAAUUUCAUAGUGCAAAUGAAGUUACCUGAAUUGUGUUGCAGAUUCGUCCAAUUUUCAUUAAUAUUACAAAAUUUUUAUGUUAAAGAAAUUUAACAAAGUUUAACAUGGUACUAUCAAUUACCUGUGAUUGGCAUGGGGACUUUCCUUAACCUCAGGGGAAUGUGAUUUUGUCUUUGUAGCAAUAAAAGAACGGUCUUCAAUCUCUUGAGGAUAUCCCUCAUAGAUAUCUUAUAUCUAUAAGGGAGCUUCCUUGGCCUCUGGGAUUUUCUUUGCCUCAGUGAUAGCCUAAGCCUCAGCUAAAAUCCUUUAAUAGCAGCAGAUGAUCUCUUAGCCUCUGAAUAUCCUUUCCUUGGUCUCAGGAUUUCCUUAGCAUUGGGGAAUUUCCUUAGUCUCGAGGAUUUCCUUAUCAUGGAUGUUCUUCGUCUCAAGGUUUUCUUAUCAUUGAGGAGUCCUCAACCCCUUAGGAUUUUUGCAUCUUUGAAUCUUUAUUUUUGAGGGUUUCUGUAGUCAUAGAUUUACUACCAACCUUUGGUAGGCUUUCCUUAGCUCUGGAGGUUGCCCUUAACUUAUCAAAGACUAAAUUCUGAAUGGUGUUCAUCUGGCUGCUAGGCAUAUUUAUAAAGUCUGGUUUUCCUUUGUAAAGUCUGUUGGGGAACAAGACAUAUUUACCGAUAUUUCUGUGUCUGUUGCUGGUAAAUAAUGGUCUUUUAUACUCUUAUCAAUUGUUUGUUAUAUAUCCAAUUUUACCUCAUGAAUCAAUCUUGGUAAUAAAGUUUUAUGAAGGUUAAUAAGAAUAAAAUAUAUUCCAUCCAUUUUUUUCUUCUUCUUACAUAUCUAUGUAUCAUAUAUUGUUUGUUGCAUACCCAUUCAAAAAUGAUGAUUUGCAAUUUAUAAGUUUUCGUUUCAUUUGCUAGACAUGACCAAUUAUGAGUUAUUUUUACAUGUAAUUUUGAUGUUAUUUUGGCCAAGUUGUUGUAUGUAAAGCUGCAGGCUUAAACAUGAUGUCCUAAUGUCCCGUUAUGAUAUUAUUGUCACAGUUUUAAAGAUUCUCAGCUGUGUUUUGAAAUUGGUUAAUAAAUAAAUUUUGUUGACCAAACUCCAAGAAUCUAACUUGUAAUAAUGAUAUACAAGGGCAACAUACAGUGCUAUUUCAAUCAUCUUUUGCAGCAUUCUCAUAAAUUUUUAACUGGAAUGUAUAACCAACAUCUUGUCCCUCUGGAACAUGAUCUGGGGCCAGUUCAUUAAUGCAGACAAAUCGGUCUGUUUUUGAAUACAAUAUUUCAGGCACAGAUCUUGACGGAUUUAAAUUUAGAUAUUAAUACAGGCCCUGAAAGUCUUUGUCAAGGCUCGUCUGAAACUUAUUCCAUGGUAAUUUUACUUUCUAAAUGAUAAAAGAAACCAUGGUAUUUUGACCAACUGUUUCAGGGACCUUUAGAAAAUAAGACAUUAUUAUCCAACUAAAAAAUAUUGUAAUUUAUUUUAUAAUAUUAGUUUGAUAUUGAAAUUAAGAACAUUUUAUAGAAUCACCUCGUAAAUAUGAUUAGCAAAAGAAGUGGCCAACCAAUAAGUUUUGAUCUUGUCUCUCUUUAGAAAUCCAUGCAACUAUUUGUUAUGUUCAUGUUGCUGAUGUCUGAAACUCCAUCAGGAUUUGUCACCAAACACAGGAUGCUUUCUUCGAUAUAAAAAGUCAGUGUUUGUGACAAUUGAUCCCUACUGGGUAGAUAUUAAUUUUGUCAAGGAAUCUCCUCAUGCAAAUAAAUCUAAUCCAAAUUGAAAAUAUAUUCUUUAAAAAAAUAUAUUUAAAAAUACUUUAAAAACAGAAAAAGGUUUUAAUGUCCAGGAGCAGGAAAGUGUUGAUGUAGAAUUUCAUUUACCUCAUAUUUUUUGUUAUCAAAAUGUCGCCCAUGAAAUAUUAGUGUAGUUUCAAUUUUACGUAAAAACUUCACGACUAUUUUAGUUUCAAUUUACAUUAAUUAGGUGCUGUGAAACAGCAACCUUAAGCGGUUAUCGCCAAAUUUCGCUAGAAGAAAUUCGUUUGGAACUCUCGUUCAAAAUUUCACAACGACCUCACUGUAUCUGAACUACUAGGCUAAUGGAAAUGAGUGUUUAAAACGCAAAACAGAAAUUUUGGAAGAGUUGAAUUUAAUGGACUGUAUAGUAAGUUAUUAUGGGGAGAUACUUCUAGUACUGUGCAGUUAUCUGUAUUUUUGUGGUAGGUUUUAUGCUUGUGCAGUAGUUUAAUUAUAUGAUUAAUGUUUGCAUCACAACCAUGAACAAAAUGCAAUAUUUUUCAGCAACAAAACCUGUCUUAACAUGUUUAUUUACUGUGUACAUUUAUGUAUGUAGAAAAUGGGGGGUUUGUUUUAUGUGUGCACUGUGAACUUGCUCAAUACCUACCAGCCUUUCACACAUUAAUAAUUAUUUUAUCAUUGAAAUAAUUUGAAAGCGAACAAUAUUUUUACAUUUUUGGAGAGUCUCGAAAAUAAAUAGCCUUGUAGAGGAGCAUUUUAUGUGUGCACAAUUGUUGGGUUUCUACAGACAAGAUUCACCAAGAUUAGAAUAUACAUUUCCCUCUCUAGCAAGUUCCAGUGCAUGCGUAUUACUCAUUCCUGGAUAUCAACAAUAGGCUGUGUUUGGUAGAAGCCAUCGUGAGAUAGGCGGGUGGGAAGGUUGUGUAUUUCCAUGGCAACUCCUCACAAUCAACAUUGUACAAACUCAUUAAAACUGUACCUCAUUAUUAUGAUGUCUUUGAAAUUUGACCAUUUUAUUUACAAUUGAAUGUUUUGUCUUGAAUUUUGAAUUAGAUUUCAGAUUCAGUAUAUCAAUAAAGUCUGUCUCUACAGAUAAA